CUGCCAGUCAUUCCCUCAGCCCUUAACCCUCUCCCUGCCAGUCAUUCCCUUAACCCUCUCCCUGCCAGUCAUUACUUCAGCCCCUAGCCCUCUCUCUGCCAGCCAUCCCUUCCUUUCCCUUUAACCCUCUCCUUUCCUGCCCUCAGCCUUCUCUCAAGCAGCCAUGCCUUUUGAUGCCAUUAACUCUCUCAGUGCCAGUGAGUGCCCGGGUGCUUCCCCAGCUCUUGGUACUGAGACCCUCGGUCCCUUGGUUACAGGAGUUGGUGACAUUUGAGGAUGUGGCCGUGUAUUUCUCCGAGGAGGAGUGGGAAUGUUUAGCCGAGUGGCAGAAGGAGCUGUACAAGGAGGUCAUGAUGCACAACUUCGAGCUUGUAACGUCGCUGGGGCUGCUGAUACGGAGAGACAACUGGGCUGAUUUGGAGUCGGAGACUUUUCAUGCCCCCCAGAAAAGAAGUGCAGGGGAGCCGGAGCUGCACAUUAUCAUAAAGGAGGAGGAAGAGGUGGAUGUGAGCCUCUCGCCUGAAUCCGACUGUCAGGACUACAGCUUCCUGGGGCCAGAUUUCGGGGUGUCCCCCGGGUACCUGCCGGACUCCGAUUCCCAUGCUGCGUCUCAGAGGCGGUUCUUCCCGCCCCUCCCCUCCCCGGGGGCCCAAUCCCAGGACAGACGGGGGUCGGUAGACCGGCCAUUCUCCUGCCCCGACUGCCACCGCAGUUUCAUCCGCAAGUCGCACCUGACGAGCCACCAGCGCACACACCGGGGGGAGCGGCCCUACCCCUGCGAGGUCUGCGGCAAGCGCUUCCACUACCGGCACCACCUGGUGGGGCACCAGCGCAUCCACACGGGGGAGAAGCUGUUCUCCUGCGAGCACUGCGGCAUUCAGUUCAACCACAAGGGCAACUACCAGACGCACCAGCGCCUCCACACCGGCGAGCGCCCCUUCUCCUGCGACCUGUGCGGCAAGAGCUUCAACCGCAAGGCCGACCUCAUCACGCACUGCCGCGUCCACACCGGGGAGCGGCCCUUCGCUUGCGCCGACUGCGACAAGAGCUUCAGCCGCAAGCAGCACCUGGUCACCCACCGGCGGCGCCAUACGGGCGAGACGCCCUUCCCAUGUGACCAGUGCGAGCAGCGCUUCGCCCAGCGCAAGGCCCUACUCAGGCACCAGGAAGCCGCCCAUUCGGCCGAGCGGCCCCACAGCUGCACCGAGUGCGGCAAAGGCUUCGCCUGUCGCUCCCACCUCCUCACCCACCAGCGGGCGCAUCAGAGCGGGGGCAGCAGCUGCGGGGCGGGCGGGAAGCCCUUCUCCUGCGACCAAUGCCGGAAAAGCUUUGUGGCGCAGCCUCACCUUACGGCGCAUCAGAAAAUGCACUCGCGGGCGCCCGGGGAGCGGCCCUAUACCUGCGCCGACUGCGGCAAAGGCUUCAGCAGCCGCCAGUACCUGAGCCGCCACCAGAAGAUCCACACGGGGGAGCGGCCCUUCCGCUGUAACGUCUGCGGGGACAGCUUCAUACAGAAGCCCAACCUGGAGCGCCACAAGGGCAUCCACAGCGGGCAGCGCCCCUUCCCCUGCUUGGUGUGCGGGGGCAGUUUCUACAAGAAGCACAACCUGGUGCGGCACCAGCGCAUCCACACCGGCGAGCGCCUGCACUUCAGCUGCAAAGUGUCCCAGCCCCUGGCACAGACUCCGCCCCUUCCGGAAGAGGAGGGGUUUCAGGCGGAAGCGCAGCUGGCAGGGAGCCCCUGUAAGAACCCCUGUUGUACCCACGCCGGGGGGCACACUGAGCACUGAGUCAUUGCCAGUUAGACUGAUUGGCACAGGAGCCCCCCAGGCAGGCACAAUAGGAAUCAGUUGGCCACUCGCCCUGGCACAGAAUGGAAGGGCCCAUAUAAUAACAACGGGUAAGUGCCAGGGAUACUGACUGGCGCCAUGAUGGGAAUUGGCACAGGAGCCGGUGUGUGUGGCAUGUGCCAUAGGGCACCUAAGGGGGAUCUGCUGGCACAGCAAGGGAUCUCCCACUGGGGCAGAGUGGGUUAGAUCCAUCCUACACACAGGCAGGGGGAGGUGCAACCAAGGGUUAGAUCCAUCCCACACACACAGGCAGGGGGAGGUGCUACUGGGGGUUAGAUCCAUCCCACGCACACAGGCAGGGGGAGGUGCUA